UUGAUUAAAAUAUCAAAAUCAUUGACAUAGUCUUAGUCUCUCUCAAAAUCUUCGUCAAACAAAUUACAAAGAGAGCAAGCACAGCACAUCAUCAACCAUCAACAACGAUGACCAACUACGGCACAAUCCCCACCUCCUCUUCACCACCAACAACCAACCUCGAGUUCAUCUCACGCGCCAAGACCAAGAUCAAAGAAGGUCUCGGCACGCGCCGCCCAUGGAAGCUCAUGUUCAACUUCCGAUCCUUCAACCUCCCCGCCGGCUUCGCCGACGCAAUCUCGCGCGUGAAGAUCAACAUCGGUUACUUCCAGAUGAACUACGCGCUCGUCGUGCUCCUUGUCAUCUUCGUCAGCCUCAUCUGGCACCCAAUCUCGCUCAUCGUGUUUCUCGCUCUCAUGGCCGUCUGGGUCUUCCUCUACUUCCUCCGUGACGAGCCGCUGGUUAUCUUCGGCCGCCUCAUCAGCGACCGUGUUGUGCUUGUCCUCAUGGCGAUACUCACCGUCGGGCUGCUGCUACUCACCGGUGCUACCCUUAACAUCCUCAUCUCGCUGCUUGUUGGGGUGGUGCUCGUGGUGAUCCACGCCGCGUUUAGGAGGACCGAUGAUCUGUUCGUGGAUGAGGAAGAAGCUUAUGGGUUCGCUCCCGCCGGUGGCUCCUCCGCCGCAGCGUCUUGAUUGAUUCUGAAUUGGGGUUGUUUUUCUGCGUUCUUCUGUUUUGUUGUAUUUUUAUUUUUUUUGUGAAUUUUAGUAAAUUGUUCUGAAUUUUGUUACUGUUUAUAUUUAUAUAUUUUUUUUUUUCUUUUAUGGGGUUUGUGAAGAAACUUGAUUUGAUUCAUGGACCUUGGUAUUGUUGAAUUUUUCUUUGUUUGUUAAUUAUAUUAGUUUUUUUAUUUUA